GGGGUUUUGAGAAGUGGACUGGAUAGGGGUAAAAGACUCGCAAGUACAGUGAGUGGCCUGGGCAAACGAUACUCUUGAUCAAUAUGAUGCCAAUGAUGACCAAGGCUAGUUACCUUUCGUUUCGACGUACUGGCUCUUCCUGGUUCUCAGCGGGCGUUGUUGUCACUUUCGCCAAAGGCUCAGCUGAACAAGCCCUCUAAAUGCCACUUCAUCAAACUAUUGGUUAACUAAAUAAGAGCCAAUUCGCCCCACUAUCAGCGAUAUCACCGUCUUCAGGUUCAAGCUAUGCAUCGCGUCAUGAGUUCAUAACCUCUUGCAUGUGUUUCCUCGCAGACCCCGAGAAGUUUCCUGAGGGAACAAACACCCGUGGGACAUCAGUGAUAGCCUUGGAAGCUUAUUGCUACUUGGUGCAAUCGAGUAAGGACUAGCAAAGUGUAUGCGUUCAUUCAUUAUAUCUCGCCGCUCAGUGCAUUGGACAUCGGCUUUUCUCCUCAUCGUUUCCAAAUGUCGGAGACGGCCCUCAAAUCGUUUUCCAAGAUGGAAGUCUCAUCUCAUAAUAAGGAUGGAGACAUGUGGGUGAUAAUUGAUCAAGAUAUUUACGAUAUCAGCAAGUUCCAGGAUGAACACCCUGGUGGUAAAAAAAUCUUGCUCAGCGUGGCUGGAGGCGAUGCCACGAAGAAAUUCCACAAAUAUCACCGGCGGGGCAUCCUCAGCAAAUACAAGGGUACACUCCUCAUCGGCGCUGUACAAGAACCCCAGCAAACACGAAAAUCGAUUUUCGGCCUCCUGAAACGAUCAUGAGGGAAUGUCAGAUAGCAUGCUGGAAAUUAUGAUCCUGGGCUCCUCAGUGUUCAGGUUACUUGACUCCAACCCCUCUUCCCUAGAGGAGUAAAUGAUGUACAGUUACAAUUUUGUACAAGUGUCUUCGGCUCCACAGUUACGAUUAAGAUCUGGUUUGCAAGCACUGCUAGCCUGUACAGAGUACAGUUUUCAACAAUCCCUCCUCGAGCCCAUUGGUUUCCAUUUCUGGGCGCACGCCGAUAGAUUAGAUUUAUUCCUUCCAGCCUCAUGACAUACAUUUCGCUUAGGUGUCUAAUGCACUGUCUGGGGAGCCCCCCGCAUAAUCCUGCAAGCUUCUCUUCAGUCCGUGAUACCUAAUAUGCCUCUAUCACGAACGCAUUACAAAUUUCUUCACUACGGGGUUUGUUGACCCCCUUUUUUUUUUAAUCACAGUUAGGUAACUUCGGGCUGUUCGGAAUCAAUGGUCACCCUUCAAGUAAAGAGGCUACAUAUAGAAGGAAGGAUUCUAGGUUUCCUACGGCGGGAGCGAAUACGGCGGCCCCUUAGAAUAAACUAAGCGGAGCAAAUUAAAAAUUAAACUAGACUUGAACUUCGCAUUGGACGAAGAUCUCCUUGCCCCUCUCCUUUGUUCAGGCCCAGUCCGGAUGCGUCUUUCACUGUCCUGUAUCAUGCCAACGCCCAAAGAAAGACCACACAUACUGUAGCAUGACCAACUUCCGGGGCGAAUUGAGAUAGUAUUGGCAAAAUACACGCUGCAAAGAGAGAGAGGGAGGGAGGGAGAGGGGCGGGGGGCGCAAGCGAUGAGAAGCCAAGCUACAAGAAAAGUGGAAACUCUGACAUGAAAACUAGUCAAGCGACAAGCUACUGGCUAACCAGGCCAGCGGAACUAAGUUAAAUGUCCAGCAAGGUUUCCUGGCUGUAGCAGAUACAACGCUCAAGUGCAAAUCCCAAAUAAGCCCAAGCCGCAAAAGCCGACAAAAUCGAGGUCUGUGAUGUUCCAGUUACUUCGCGCGUGCCUGAAGCAACCUGACCAGUACCUAGUGGGAAUCACCGGCUCGCAGGUUGAAGAGUUCGGAAUCCAGCUCAUUGGGAUUGUUCUGUUUUGUUUUUUGUUUUGUUGUUUUGUGUUUUUUGUUUUUUCCCGGCAAUAUCUAACUAAGUGGGGUCCAGGUCUUAUUUACAUGAUGAUAUCAAUUCCGUUCAUUUCCCAGUCCUGUGUGGAGCGAUGAUAUUUGACUACUUGAACUUCAAGCUAGUCUCCAUCCUUGAGCAGGAAAGGCUGUAAAAAUCUCUAUUUUGACCUCAAGUUUACGCUUCGCUCCUCUUUGUCACCACCCCUUUUCUUUUGCUUUCCAGGUCUCCUUAACCAUUGUACUGUACAUGUGCAGCUUGUGGAUUCGACGGCCCCUUAAUGCUACUUUUCUCGAAUAAUCCACCUCCUCUUGACUCUGCGCUCCGCAAAGUUUUUUCCUCUGCUUCCGCGCCGUGAUAUCGUUGGAAUUUGACGCGCAUCGAUUGGGUUGGUGCAAGCAACCUCCCAACCUAUGAUAUUGCCCCUGUAUAUCCCAUUAACUGCGCAUUUCCCUUCCAUCAUGAACCUGCUGUUGCUAUAGCCACAUUUCCCGUUCACGCUACACCUCUUUUCUUCGCUUGUCCGUUCCAUUUAACCAAGAUAGGACAGGGCGUACCCGCUUCAUCAUGUAUGCCACACUGCACGUCUUGUAUCAGUGUCGACCCUUGAACCCAACUCCAUCCAUUGAUACAUUUCAGGUACAUGUAGGGGUUAUUGUGCGCAGGCACAUGAAAUAUGUAUAGCUGAAUGUGCAGAAUAUAUAUAUGUAUAGCGAGCUGACAGCCAUGAUGUCCCCUACGAGGGGCGAAUGCUCGGAUGGUAGAUUCCCCAUCACCAAAAAGAAACUCCGAUGCUUUCCCGCAUGCUUUCCCUUCACCUAUGCAAUAUGCGAUGAUACCAAAACGUUGAAUAUGAGAGAAUAUAGGAAUCAAUUCCAAAUGUUGUUGCAAUAAAAGAAAGCAUCGCUCGCGCGGUUCCCCGCUCCACAGUUUUCCAGUGGUCCUUCUACACAGCCACAAUCCAUCGUCGUGAUGGAAGCUCCGGUCCAUUUCCUCGUUUCGGAUUUCGUGUGCCGUUCGAGUGGCUAAGUGUAUUCGUAAAAUGGAAUGAGAAUAUACGGUAUGAGAAUCCCAAUAAGUUGCCCCUUGUUGAAUAUUUAUAGAACGACCGGCGCUGGGGACUGGUAAAACGAGAUCAGAGA